UGAACACGCUGUCCGGCAGGAAGCGGGAGCGAUUGCGUACGAUUAUUGCUAAGUCAGCCGGGACGCGGGAAGCAUUUAUAUCGCGACUUCUCUCCAUCAUUUCUCACCCCACCGCAACACACCACGGAUCGUAAAUCACAGCCAACUGUCAAGCUUACAAUCUCUCUCCCUUCUAUCAACUACACCCAGAUUUCCCCGGGCCAUUGCCCAGCUGUCAAGACGUUUUCCAAUCUCCUCAGCUCGAUCCACAACCCAUUCGCCGGCCGACGCACUUCUCCCUCUGGGGCAGCGUCGGAUUUAGACUUCCGCAACUAAGUUCACCAAACCAACAAGAACUUAAAUCAUCAUGGCACCACACGCAGAAGAACGCGUCGGUCACGCGAAUGGGUUCGAGGCGAAGGCAACUCCCAAGGAUCUCUUUGUCGUCAGCUCUCCUAACGUAGAAUACACCGAGGACACUAUCAAGUCAAAGUACACUUACCGUACCACCGACGUUACCAAGAACGACGAUGGCAAGUAUGUUGCUAUCCCCAAGGAGACGCUCUACGACUUCAAGGUCGACCGCAAGAUCCCUAAGACCGGUGUUAUGCUGGUUGGCUGGGGCGGCAACAACGGUACUACGGUCACGGCCGGCAUCAUCGCGAACAAGCGUAACCUCGUUUGGGAGACCAAGGAGGGCAAGCGCGGCGCUAACUACUAUGGUUCGGUCAUCAUGGGAUCUACCACCAAGCUCGGUGUUGACAGCAAGAGUGGUCAAGAGAUUCACAUCCCAUUCCAUGACCUCCUGCCUAUGGUUCACCCCAACGAUCUCGUCGUUGGCGGAUGGGACAUCAGCGGGAUGAAUCUUGCUGAAGCCAUGGACCGCGCCAAGGUUCUGUCGCCGUCCCUCAAGUCCCUUGUUCGCAAGGAGAUGAGCGCCAUGAAGCCUCUUCCUAGUAUCUACUACCCGGACUUCAUUGCUGCCAACCAGGAGGAACGUGCCGACAAUGUUCUCGAAGGUACCAAGGCUUCCAUGGCCCAUGUUGAGCAGAUCCGCAAGGACAUCCGUGACUUCAAGGCUGCCAACGGUCUCGACAAGGUCAUUGUGCAAUGGACUGCUAACACUGAGCGCUAUGCCGACAUCGUCGAAGGCGUCAACGACACGGCGGACAACCUGCUCAAAGCGAUCGAAUCUGGUCAUGAAGAGGUGUCUCCAUCCACUGUCUUUGCUGUGGCUUCCAUCCUUGAGGGUGUUCCCUUCAUCAACGGUUCCCCCCAGAACACAUUCGUUCCUGGUGCUAUCCAGCUCGCCGAGAAGCACAAUGCCUUCAUUGGUGGUGACGACUUCAAGUCGGGUCAGACCAAGAUGAAGUCGGCCCUCGUCGACUUCAUGAUCAGCGCCGGUAUCAAGCUCACCUCGAUUGCCUCCUACAACCACUUGGGUAACAACGACGGCAUGAACCUCAGCUCUCAAAAGCAGUUCCGCUCCAAGGAGAUCUCCAAGUCCAACGUCGUCGACGACAUGGUCGCUGCCAACAACGUCCUGUACAAGGAAGGCGAACACCCUGACCAUUGCGUCGUGAUCAAGUAUAUGCCUGCUGUUGGAGACGACAAGCGCGCUCUUGACGAGUACUACGCGGAGAUCUUCCUCGACGGCCACCAGACCAUCAGCUUGUUCAACGUCUGCGAGGACUCUCUCCUGGCUUCACCUCUGAUUAUCGAUCUGGUUCUGGUCGCUGAGAUGAUGACCCGUGUCCAGUGGAAGGCUCACACUGCUGGAGGCAGCGAUGGCAAGUUCAACAACUUCCACAGCGUGCUCAGUGUUCUCAGCUACAUGCUCAAGGCUCCUCUCACUCCUCCUGGCACGCCUGUCGUCAACGCUCUUGCUAAGCAGCGCGCAGCUCUCACCAACAUCUUCCGCGCCUGCGUUGGUCUUGAGCCGGAGAACGACAUGACCUUGGAGCACAAGCUCUUCUAGGUGUUUGGAUGAACUGACGGCGAGCAUCUCCCUUGUUGAUGGUGCCAGCUGGCAGACGGUGCAUGAGCUCUAGAAGCACAUAUCGCUCACUUUUUGAUUUGACCAACUCACUACUUUCUUUAAAGCAAUAAAAAAUUUGUUUACGGGAUACGCACACAUAUGCAACAUUGUCAGUCUUUUGUGAGCUAAUAGUGAUG